UCGCGUGCUAUUGUAAUUGCAAUAAAACUAUCAAAUAAAAUUGAAACACCCCUAGAAUUUUUCCAAGACCUUGAAAUAUAUUUCCCUUUUAAUGUAGGUGCAAGAAUCGAUAACAAUCAUAUUCAUUAUCAGUGACGAUUGCAGGAGUGAUUCACCCCAACGCGCUCUCUUUGGCGCCGGCUCUCCGAUUAUGGCUCCCAUUUUGGAGAGCAGCUUUUUCGAAAUUCGAUUUCACAACGGCUGGGUAUAAAAGUGGAUCCCCAUCUGGGGAGCAAACCAGUUCACGACAAAACGGCAGCAUUCGCUACAUUUGGCUUUGCCCGUUGAGCAACUCAGAAAGUAUUGAAAACGUGUUACCACCGUCUACUUGAUCCACGGCUCCAACCUCAAACACUCAGAGAUGGCCCAAACCAUUCAGAUGACCAACGAACAGUUGCAGCAGCUGAUCGAAGCAGUCCGUGUCAGCGCCGCCGGAUCAGCCGCAGCUGCAGCCGCAGGAGGAGCUGAAAAUCCCAAUGCCAAGACAAAGGGCAACUUUUCCUCCUGCCAGCACAAAUUUGGCGGAGCACGAGACUACGACGAGGUGGAAGAGUUCAUUACGAACAUUUCGAUCUACAAGGAGCUGGAGAACAUCACCGACGAGAACGCCCUCAAGGGGCUCUCGCUCCUUUUCUACGGACUUGCCUCUAUCUGGUGGCAGGGCGUUCGCAAGGAGGCCAACACCUGGAAUGAUGCCAUUGAUCUCAUCCGGGAGCACUUCUCGCCCACAAAGCCCGCCUACCAGGUCUACAUGGAGUUCUUCCAGACGAAGCAAGAAGAUCACGAUCCCAUCGAUACCUUUGUGGUGCAUAAGCGGGCCCUUCUGGCCCAGCUUCCCAACGGACGCCACGACGAGGAGACUGAGCUGGAUCUGCUCUACGGUCUUCUUAACAUUAAAUACCGUAAGCACAUUGCCCGCACCUCCGUUCAGACAUUCAAGGAUCUGCUGGAGCAGGGUAGGGUGAUCGAGCACAAUAACCAGGAGGAUACGGAUCUUGCCAAUUCGAAGAACGUCAAAGGCAGUCGUCGCACCACCCGCUGUACAUACUGCAACUUCCGGGGUCACACUUUCGAGAACUGCCGCAAGCGAACGCAGAACCGGCAGCAGGAGAACAAUGACGAAUAGACGACAACAUCAUCAAAAAUCUGGAGGGGGAGCAACGAAAACCAAAUUACAUCAUCGGUGGCUCUCUCUUCAAAAAAAAAACACUUGCCAGAACUUUUCGCCGCCACACCCGCCGUCAAAGCCAGCGAGAGCCCAACUGGAGGGAGAGGGAGCAAUAUGGGGAACCAAACCGACAGCAACAUCUGAACCGGCAGCUACAUCUGCCGCAUACGUCAACGAUUCCACAGAAAUACUGCAAACUUGAUCUCCACACACUCACUGGCGAAUGGCGUGCCGGUAAGCAGCGGUCAGCGUCUGCCCACAAAAUCAAAUUCCACGCCGAUUCCAUCAUAGCUUCCAGUGGAAACGGCUUCACCCAAAAUCACUUUCACGCCGCCAUGCGGCUUUUCUUGGCAAAGAACGCCAACUUUUGAAUCCACAAUUUGUUAAAUUGAAUUUUGAACCAACUUUUACUUGAACAAACAUUGCGCCCGAGAACUGCUGCCCGGGCGACGGUUGAGGAUCAAGGAUUUCGUCCAAAAGUUUGGAGUAUCUUGGCUGCGGAAGGUGAAAUUUAAAGGUCCAAUAGCCGAAUUGUUUAUCCAAGGCGAAAGCUUUGGGUAAUCGUAUUUAGCUUUGCCUGCAAAUUUCAUUGUCUGCCGCUAAGACUCCGAAUGGAUGUUUCUUGAUCCCAAUCGUUGCCCAAGGAUAGCAGGUCUCAAAACCGCCGCCUCCACUUUGUGCCGUUCAGCGGAAGGUCAACGAUUAAAUGGCAACCGAAUUUGAUGAUUUUUGCAUUCUAACAAAUGCCGAGAUCAUCCUGUUCCUUGCCGUAAUGCUUUCGUUGAAUUUUCCGUCUGAUUCCGGUCCAUUUUGAAGGCAGCAAAAAACCCCCCGUCCGGUGAUCGCCCUCUUAGAUCCUUUUUCACGUGACAUUGACAGCCCCAAAGGGCUUGGACUUCCAUUUUCAUGUUUGGGGCCUCGGUCUCGAACUGUUUUUGGGUGUUCGGAACCCUUUGAAAUGUCUCUGGUGCGAGUGGAGCUACAGGGGGCGUGAACCGGGCAAAAAUUAAAUUUCCUACGGAAAUUUAAAAAACCAACCAACCAAUUUUUGACUUUGUCAAAAUUAAUCGUUACACACGGCACUACGAUGGCUCCUGAAACGCCAUCCGUGCGGUUGGCACGUCAAAUUGUCCCAUUCGGGAUCACGGGUGUUGGGCUCUACUCAUUUUCACCCCUGCGAUCCCGCGACAAGCUUGAGGCACGCCAAAAACCAUCACAAACACAACAAAAACGGGCUGGGCGUCAUCGAGGUCGAGCCUCUCCAGCCGACACCGAUUCUCCCCGCCCCUUGCUUAAAUCUGGCUUCUAUGCAGAACAAAUGGGCGCGAGUGUCACUAAAUCAUUCCAUCCGAAGCUGUUUCGAAGAAUAGUGGCCCUGGCCGGACUUGCGAUGUGCGCCAUCAACUGGAGCUUUGGCCACAAGCACCCCACAAGUUUGGCCCGCAUACCUCACUGAAAAAAAAUGUGGGGGCCUAUGAGUGACCAUUGAAGUCAGGAUUGAGCCAGAAAAUUGAUAAAAUUUAUAAAAGAGACUGAAACCAAAUAAACCAUCAACAAAGAACCAAGAA